AAUUAAAUCCUCGCUAAAGUUCAGCUAUGCUUAAGCAUGCGAAGCAGACAGAGAGGAAGGUCAGCCCGACGGACGGCACAGAGCUGGGGGUAUGGAUCUCACCGAUGGCAGGACCGAUUCAAGAUCGACAACACCAGCGGGGGAGGUCAAGGAUCAGCAGAGGGGCUUGGAGGCAGAAUUUUGGAGGUUAUGACUUGAAUCUUUUGAAACAAGCCACGCCGUUCUACUUCACAAAAUUUCCUGACAACUGGAGGUAUGAAGAGAUGUGGAAUACAUUCUACAAGUUCGGUAGAGUGUAUGCUAUAUACGCUCCAAAUCGCAGAGACAGAACAGGGAAACGAUUUGGUUUUGUUAGAUUCCUUGAAGUCAAGGAUGAAGGAGAACUUGUGAGGAAACUUGAUCAGAUCUGGAUCGGCAACACCAAACUCCAAGUCAAUAUCCCAAAAUACAGCAAAAGGGACAGUGACUUUCAGAGAGAGAAGGCGCAAAGCAAACAACCCACUCCGAACAUGCAAAGAAGUUACGCUGAUGUACUCAAAGGCACAAGGAGAGAAGUUCUACCUGCUAAACCACACAGGUCCACUUGGCAACAGAGAACGGCAGAAAAGCAAUGGACUGGACUCGAGUUCACUGUUAAUAAGGAGGAUUCUGCAUGGCUGGAUGGCUGCUACGUGGGAACAACCAGGUCAGUUGAGUUAAUCCCAACCAUGCAGGAAAAGCUCUAUAUGGAGGGGUACUUUGCUUGCACUGUCAAACCCAUGGGAGGAAGGCUUAUGUUGCUAAGUAGUGAGGAUAAGGAAGAGUUGAAAGAUCUGGUGGAGAAUGCAGCAGAUUGGCUUGGCCAGUGGUUUGACGAGAUCAAACCAUAUUCUCCUUCAUUAGUCGCAAGCGAGAGGAUGGGAAAAUUUAUAUCACUAGAUGAUAGCACAAGUAGGAAACUCAGGUUUGACAUUGCUAGAGUUUUAAUCUCAACGUCCUCAAAGGAUUUUAUCUCCAAAUCCAUUACGAUUAAGGUCAAUGGACAAUUCUUUAACAUUGUGAUCAGGGAAGAAGAAGCCUCUAAUGGCUUAUUUUCUAUGAAAUCAGAUCAUAUCAUCUUCUCCAACAGCAACUCAGAUGAUGAUGAUAUGGUUUCUUGGUCAAUUUGCAGUGACCCCUCAACAGAUAUCCCGGGUGGCGGACAGAUCGACCUCAUCUUGGGAAACAUGCCCAAUUUUGAAAAAGAUGAAGACGUUGAGACAAGGAACAAAAUGGAGGUUGACGAGCUCAUUAAUUGCAAAGAUUUUGAAAUCCCUGUUGAAAUUGGUGAGAGAGUUGCAGUGGGCCCUCAACAGGUUGCUUUCGUUCAAAAAAAUGAGGACGUGGAGGCAAGGAGAGCAUUAGAAGAUGUUGAGUCUACCAACUGUGCAGAUUUCGAAAGUCUUCCUAAUGCCGGCAAUGAUGUAAGAGUUGCAGUGGGGCCUCUUGAGAUUGCCUUGGUUCAAGAUUUAUCAAAGAAGGUUAGGAACAGCAGUGAAGAGCAGAUGACAUUAGCAGAAAGUAGUGCACAGAGCAACGCAAAAUCAUGGCCCACCACAUGUUCUGGAAGGAACUUGAAAUUGGGCCUCAAGGGCGAGUCCUCUAAGCCCAAUCCUAAUAUGGAUAAGACAACUCAAAGCCCGUCAAAAGGAAGGAAUAUGGAGAUUGAACCAGAGGAAAACAUAGCCAGCAUUCAUCGAAAGCUUGUGUGUGAAAAGAAUGCAGCAAACAAUUCAGAGAAACACUUCUGGGAAGAUAUGGACAGCGAUUCUGGUGAAAUCAAAGAAUGGAUGCGCCUACAUGACGGUAGGACCCUAAAAACUACCAGAAAAAAGAGAAAGAAAGCUCGAUCAUGUGCUGAGGUCUACCAAAACUCCAGAGCUGUGCAGAUUUCAAAAGACAAAAUGAAGAGAAGGGGACGACCAAGCAGUGGACAUUCCAUACCAACUUUUCUCCCCUGUGCAGAAAUACAUGUGGCUGGCGAAUCCAUUGACGACAGUGACAUCAGAAACUGCAACAGAGGAAUACAAGAAAAAAAACAAGAAAGAGAUGGUGAGAGAAUUUGGGAUUUUGCCAAGAAGUUAGGGGCAACAACGAGUGGAAGCGAGGAGGAACUAAUUCGAAGGAUCAAUGAACUAGAAGCCAGAGAUAAGGAAGCCAGAGACAACGAAGCCAGAGAUAAAGCAACAGAGGCUACAACUGGAGGAGAAAGGGCUUCAAUCGGUAGAUCAGGAGGGCUUCUAUGUAUAUGGAACUCUGAUAUUUUUUGCAAAGAAACAGUUCUUGAGGGGACCAAUUUUCUGGGCGUUUAUGGUUUUUGGGGUAAAAAUGCAGUUCCAGUUUUCAUCAUCAAUAUCUACUCCCCUUGUGAGUUAGUGAAUAAAAGAUUAUUGUGGGAGGAGUUAAGCAAUCUUGUCUCACCUUCUGCUAGUGGGAAUUGGUGUAUACUUGGUGAUUUUAAUGCAAUUAAAAGCCAACAUGAAAGGAAGGGUUGCAAAUCCUUAUCCAGUGAGAUGAGAGAAUUCUGUGAUUUCAUCAAUGAAUUGAAUUUAAUUGACCUACCACUGAUAGGGAGGAAAUAUACUUGGUACAAAUCAAAUGGAGAAUCAAUGAGCAGGCUUGAUCGAGCUCUUUUUUCUGAAAAUUGGUUGUCUACUUGGCCUGAUAUGAAGCGAUGGUGUCUUGCUAGAUCAUGUUCAGAUCACUGCCCAAUUCUAUUGAAAAAUCAGUGUAAGGACUGGGGACCCAAGCCAUUCCGUUUCUUCGAUGCAUGGUGGGAAUCUAACGACCUUAAAGAGCUGUUAACCCAAGCUUGGACCUCUGUGAAGGUUCAGGGAUGGAAAGGUUAUUGUCUCAAGGAAAAAUUAAAAGUCUUAAAGAAAUCUUUGAAACAAUGGAGUACCAAAUUCAACUCAGAAAUAGAGUCAAAAAUUUCUUACUCUAAGCAGAGAAUUGAAGAUCUAGAUCUAAGAGGGGAGUUACAACAGUUGACAGAAGAAGAAAUUAUGGAAAGGAAACAGGCUUUUACUGAUUUGGGAAAAUGCAUGAGAAUCAAGGAAGGAAUCUUAAGGCAAAAAUCCAGAAAGACAUGGCUGCAAGAAGGGGAUAACAACACAAAGUUUUUUCAUCGUUGUGUCCGAGGGAGAAAAAGAAGAAACGAAAUUAACUGCAUUCAAGUGAAGGGUCAACAGUUGACUGAAGUGGAUGAGGUAAAAGAAGGAGUAGCCAGCUACUUUGAAGACAUGUUCAAAGAUGAAGGAUGGGAAAGGCCGACACUUGAUGGCAUCCAUUUCAAUAAAAUCUCCCAAGCUGAAUCAUGCAUGCUCUCUGCUAAAUUUACUCAAGAGGAAAUCUACAAAGCUGUUUGGGAUUGUGAUAGCUCCAAAGCCCCAGGUCCGGAUGGAUUUAAUUUCAAAUUCUUCAAGGAGAUGUGGGAGGUAAUCAAGCAGGACAUCAUUGGGUUUGCUGAUGAAUUCUACACAAAUGGGAAGCUAGUAAAAGGGUCUAAUGCUUCAUUUGUUGUCUUGGUUCCAAAGACAUCCAACCCCCAGAAAAUUGAAGAUUUUAGGCCCAUUUCUCUUAUAGGCUCCAUGUACAAAAUCAUUGCAAAGUUACUAGCUAAUAGGAUUAGGCUGGUAAUGGGUAGCGUGAUUGGGGUUCAACAAACUGCCUUUGUCAAGGACAAACUAUUGGUUGAUGGGGUCUUGGUUGCCAAUGAAGUGAUUGAUGAAGCCAAAAGAAGGAGGAAAAGUAGUUUUAUACUCAAACUUGACUUUGAAAAAGCAUUUGACAAGGUCAACUGGAGUUACCUCAACUACAUGCUUAAAAGAAUGGGGUUUGGUGACAAGUGGGCAAAUUGGAUCAUGGAAUGCCUAUCCACCAGUACAGUCUCCUUUCUUAUUAAUGCUGAAGGGUUGAAUGGACUCAUCAGUACAGCUGUUAGCCGAGAAUUGCUAAAGGGAAUCGAAGUCGGGACACAAGGAUUCAGGGUCACUCACCUACAAUUUGCAGACGACACAUUGAUCUGCGGGAAGGCUACCGAAGACAACCUGUGGGCAGUAAAGUGCAUUUUAAGGACCUUCGAAAUUGUCUCCGGAUUGAAGAUCAACUACAGAAAAAGCCAGCUUAUGGGGAUUCAUACAGACACUAAUUGGCUAAAGAAGAUGGGAUUCCUUCUUAAUUGCCAACUAGGAUCUAUGCCUUUCAAAUACCUAGGAAUAAAGGUGGGAGGGAAGUGGUGGGGCAGAUUAGCCAUAGGAGAUACUAGCCUAUGGAGCCAAUUAAUCAAAGAGAAGUAUGGUCACGAUAGAGAUAAUUGGCUGUGUUGGUUAAGGGAGGGCAACGACAAGGGCUCACUAUGGUGGAGAGAUCUAUGCAAGUUAGGAGAGAUGGGGGGAAGAACCAAUGAUUGGCUUAGGAGGGGAUUCCAAUUAAAAGUCGGAGAGGGAGCAGUAGUCAGAUUCUGGUGGGAUGAUUGGGUAGGGUGUGGGCCCCUUGCUGAAAAAUUUCCCAGAUUAUUCCUAUUAUCUGCAGGUCAGCAACAUUCAAUCAACCAAAUGGGGAACUGGAUAAAUGGCACUUGGAGCUGGAAUCUUCCAUGGAGAAGGAUGCUUUUGCAGAGAGAAAGUGCUCAGAUUGAUCCCCUUAUGAAUAUCCUAAACGGGGUUAAAAUCCAACAUGGAAUUCAAGAUACUUGGAGAUGGGUGCACAGCAAGGAUGGUAAUUACAACACUAGUGAAGCUUACUCCUUACUUGCUGCUGAUGGUGAACCUAGUGAUCCUAGCAUCUACUCCAGGAUAUGGAAUGGUAACAUCCCCUCUAAAGUAUGUGCUUUUACUUGGAAACUAGUUCAAAAUCGCAUUCCUUCCAAACUUAACUUGUCAAAACGAGGGAUGUGUAACUUUCAAGAUGGACUCACUUGUGUCCUUUGCACUACUGUUGUUGAAGACACAAACCACCUAUUUCUACACUGCAAAACAGCCUUUAAUCUCUGGUCAAAAUGUUUUCAAUGGUGGGGAGUUGAACAUGUAAUGCUUGGAACAUGUUGGGAUGCCUUUAACCAACACAAAAACCUUUUCAGCAACACAACAGUUAAAAUAGGCUGGGAAAUUAUAUGGUUUGCAAUCACUUGGACAAUAUGGCUGGCAAGAAAUGAGGUAAUAUUCCAGAACAAACACUUGGACGAAGCGAAACUAUUUGACUUGGUGCAAGCUCGUUCAUUCCAGUGGCUUAAAUUCAAAGGUGAAGGGAAGGGGAUCUCACUCUCUGAUUGGAUACAACAACCAAGAUUGAGCACUCUUGCAGCCUUCACAAAAAAGAGGGUAGACAUUUGACAAGGACCAUACAAUGGAGGUGAGACCCUUUUGGGUGAGGAGAAGAUAAGUGCAUGGUGCUUAAUCUGGGUCUUUACUUUCAUUUUUCUUUCUGCAUGAUUAUGAAAAGAAAGCCAAGUGUUAUGU